CAUGUUCCAGACACCUCUUAUUCCAAGCCUUGAAGGCCUAUAUCAAAAUCCCUAGAUUAUUCCCUACAACAUCCCUUCCAAGGUUCCUUUACCUAAGACAGUUCUCCCCAGCUCAAUGUUAUACGCGGCAAGGCUAUGGGAACGAGAUGAUCUCAAGAUAUAGUUUCCCAGGUUGGACGAUUCGUGCAUAUUUGGGUAUCACAGCAGCGCUGCACUUCGAAUCCCAUUGAACCAUCGUGGGUAGCAUUUAUUAGCUGCGCAACUCCAACAUUGGGGGCUGGCCGCAUCCUGGGAUGCGACCAUAUCAUAUUCAUACCCGCGUAGUUGCUGUUAUUCUUUUCUCCCUGCGCAGCUUUAUUCCUGCUUUCCUGAUGCUCAAUUCCUCAUUUCUUCCUCGAGGCAAUGGCGCAACGACAGACCCGCGAAUUCCGGUGAGGAAUAAAGAAUCUCGUACCCAUUAUUCCGCAACUUCAAUGUAUACCUGGAAGUCACGGAAACUGGGUAGUCAAAUUUGAACGGUCAUGGCUUCCGCUCCGGCGCCGUCCGAUGGUGGUUCGGUAACUACGACUAUGGCAAUAUGCGGAGUAGUCAUCGUUCUUGCCAUUAUCUUUGUCGCGCUCCGGUUUUACAUCCGUAUCUUCACUCGGGCGGGGUUGGGAUACGAUGACUGGUUAAUUCUACUAGGCGUCGUCACCAUAUUGAUAAUCAUGGUGUUACUUCUCGUGGGAAAUGCUAUCGACCCGGAUGGACUCCAGGUUGUGGAAAAUGCAGACCCGAAUUAUUUCUACGCUCCCGCGGAUAAGCUGUACGUCACAUAUUCAUUCGCCGCAGCCACCCUGUACUUCACUGCUGUCAGCGCUACCAAGCUAGGGAUUCUGUUCAUGUACUACCGCAUCUUUGCCCGAAGCGCUGCAUUCCGGUAUCAGCUAUUCAUCUCCGGAGGUUUGGUGUUAUGUUGGUGGAUAAUCUCUACUGUCUUAGCGAUUACGAAUUGCUUGCCCUUGGAAAUAAAUGUGCAAGGCACCAUCGACGACCCUAGGUAUUGUCGUAACUAUAAUGUCUUCUGGAUGGCGGCUGGAGUAUGUGAGAUUUUCAUCGAUACCCUUAUCCUAAGCUUACCGGUGGGGGUGGUGUUGAGGAUGGGUCUGUCACUGAGACAGAAACUUGCCGUUUCGGGGAUUUUUAUGCUGGGUUCAUUUGUCAUAAUAACUGGGAUUGUUAAAGUUAUUCUAGGAUACGAUCCACCUAAGCGUGCUCCGUCCUUUUCUCAGACCGAAAUAUGGGCGGGCAUACAUACUUGCAUCGCUACUAUUUCCGCCUGUCUACCCAUAUUUAGACCCCUUAUUCACCGCAUCGCCAAGUCAUCUUUCGUAACUAAGACAUCGACCAUCUUGUCAAUCCGACGACAAAUCGAGAGCCGCCAAUCCGAACGUCGGUGCAUAAUCGAGAGCAGUAGGAAUCAUGACGGCAAUGAGCGCGGUGGCGAUGUUGUCAUGGAACUUUCACAUGCUUUACCCUCCGGAGAAAUUGUGAUUCUCCAAGGUCCCUUACAGCAACCAAGCGCGGCGCAUAUGGUUUCCUCUUCUGAUCAAUUCGAUGACCUGCUGUUACCUAGGGAAUAUCCGCAAGAUGGUCGUCAAUCACGCCUCCAGCGACGGUCUCGAGUAGAAACGGCCGAAUCAUUCAUGACCGUGCAGUUGGCGAGCUAUUUGGAAUAUGGAACCGAUAGCAGCGAAACACUUGAUUUAUAUGACGGCCGAGAUAAAAAUUGAGCGUGCCACAGUGUACUUACCUACCUAGGUAUAUAAUACGAUAAAAU